UACCAAAUUCCCACAGCCUAUAGUGCCUGAUAGGAACACAGAUCAUAUACUGCUUGAUGCUCUGGGGAACUUCCUUGGAAAGACUCUGAGACUGACUCUUUGGACUGAUGUUUCCAGGUCCUGUAAGGAUAUCUAGUUAAGACGCAAUGCAGUUUGGGGACAGAGCGGGGUGAGCAACAGGGUUGUGAAGAACAACGGUACCAAGGGACACAACUAUGGAUCUUCAACGAAGAGAUCCAGCCAUCUACCUGGGCCAGUCGGGGCCAAUGCCUCUCCCUCAGGAGGCACAGAGCAAUCUGCAGAAUUUCCUAAAGGGGGAGCCAGUUAUUCUUGGGGUGAGCCAGAUCAUGAUUGGCCUAAUGAAUAUUUGCCUGUGGAUCAUGGUAAAGGUCUUUCUUUCAUUCCACAAACUACAUCUAUUCCUAGAGAACACGGUAUAUACCUUCAUUUUCCUUUUGGGACCAAUCUUUAUCUGUAGCAGCCUUGGAACGAACACGCUGGCUGCCAUAUUGGCUGGAGUGUCGCUAAUAAUCCUUGCAAUCAGAACGGAAGUCUCCAGUCACUUCUUAUCAGAAACAGUUUUAGCUCGUUAUUUCUUAAUUGGGAUUAUGAUUAUGAAACUGAUCCUCAUAAUCCUGGGACUCAUCGUCUCGGUGUUGCUGUCUGCAUUUGGAUGCAGUGCUGUCUGCUGUGAUGUGACCUCAGUGGUUGUCGACUUAUCCUCCAAUGACUGUGGAGUUGCCGUAGCCUCUCUUUAUCAUUAUUAUGAUGACGUGGCUUUCCAACAUGCUUAGUUGUUGGAGAUACCAACUUUUGAACCAUUCCUGGACUUCCUCUAAUUGUAUCAUUAAAAGUAAA